AUGAACUGUAUACCUAAAACAGUAAUACCAUAUAUUGUAUUAUUUGGUGCCUUUUUAUAUAAUCUCAACAUAGGAGUAGUAAAUUCCUAUGGAAACUUAAAUAUUUAUUUGACUUCUUAUUUAAGAUAUAAAGGUAAUUAUGUAACUUACAAAGACGUAUCUAUUAUUUAUGAGUUAUGCAUAAUUACUUUAGGAGUUUCAAUGUUAAUUGGAAAUCAUGUUCAGAAAAAAUUAGGCGUGAGAGCAACUAUACUAUUAUGUAGUUUUAAUACAUUCUUAGCAUUUUAUUUAUCAUCAAUAUAUGUUCAUUCUUAUUUUUUACUAUGUCUAUUCAUGGGGAUUAUGCAUGGUAUAGGAUAUGGAAUAAGUUUUACUAUACCUCUAUCUUGUACAUAUAAAUAUUUUAAAAAUAAUAGGGGAUUAAUAAGUGGUAUUGUAAUAUCUGCUAUUUCAUUAUGCCCUUUUUUAUAUUGCCCUUUACAAACUCUUCUUAUUAACAAAAAUAAUGUUUUACCUUCUAUGGAAGCAAAUAGUGACUCAAAAGAAUUAUAUUUUAAUGACGAAGAGGUUUUGAAUAGACUUUCUCAUGUUCUUUUUAUUCAAUCUAUUAUGGCUUUAUUUUUAUGUAGUUUAGGUGGAUUUUUAGCUACAAUUGAUAUUAAGGAAAGUAAUGAAAAUUCAGAAAAAGUACUUGCCAAAGAAAUAGACAUGAAGAAUUCUGAUAAUAAAAUAGUAAAUUUAGAAGAAAAUGAAGUAGUAUUAUUACCACAAGAAAAAGAAGAAACAUUUCAAAAUGAUUUAACUAAUGAAUUUAAAGAAAAUAAUAAGAAUGAUAGUAUAAUUUACGAUGAAAAUGGUAAUUGUAAGGAUGGUGCAGGUACUUGUUUAACUGAGAGAUUUAUAAAGAAUAAUAACUCUAUCAAUGAUUCAAAUAAUGAAAUACAAGCAACUGAUGUUAAUGGAUAUAAAAAAGAAAAUAAUUCUCUUUGUAAUAAAAAGAAUGACAAAUUGAAUACAUAUGAAAAUGAAUGUAAAAAAAAAUUUUACAAUAUAAAAUGCACAGAAGAUAAAAAUUUUAUAAUCCUUUGGCUAUCUAUAGUAUUAUUUAACUCUUAUAUAAAUUUUAUUAUAAUGUAUUGGAAGAUUAUUGGUAUUAAUUAUACAAAUGUAGAAGAUAAAAUUAUAACAUUAAAUGGAAGUUUUGCUAAUAGUGUAUCAAAUAUAAUAGGAAGGUUAAUUUGGGGAUAUCUUUAUGAUAAAUUUGAUUUCAGCUAUAUUUUAUUAUUAUUAGGUUCUUGUGUGUUCUCCUGUUGCUUUAUCCUACCUUUAAUUUCCCACAUAUAUAUAUUGUAUCUACUUAUUUGCUCUAUCUUUUAUUUUUGUAUAGGCGGAAGUUUAGUUACUAUUCCUGUUGUAACUCUAAAAAAAUAUGGAGAACAAUAUUUUUCUCUAAAUAUGUCUAUUUUAUAUACUAGCAGGAUAGCUAAUACAUUUAUAUGUAGUUUACUCGUAAAUGUUUUCUACAGUUUAUUAACAUUAAAAUACAUAAGUAUUUCUUUUGGAUUAGUUUCUUUUCUGUCAACUAUUUCUAUAUUUUAUCUGACAAAAUAA